UUACGGGCAUUGGCGACUUCUCUUUUCGAGCUUUGAACUGGCGCGGUUUGUGACGGAAAUGGCGAUUUCUGACAUGGCCAUUUUCGGUAUGCGGUCCUUUAACCGGAUGGCUAGUAGAUCAAGUGUUGAGGUUGCCCUUGAGCAAGAACCUGUGGUCUUUCUCCCUCUGUACUUUUCUUUCUAUGAAUUCUGAUGAACUAUAUAUAUAUUUGCCUGUCGUAAGAUCCUUUUUUGUUUAUACGGUUUGGUCAGAUAUGGAAUUUCCCUAUGAUAUAUAUAGAUAUUAAAAAGGUUUCUGACUUAGAGUUAUGAGGGGUUUUGUCAGGAGUUGAGCGGGCCUGGCUUGGGUCCAUAAUUCCCCCCCAGUCGGCAGAUUACGCAAUUAGUUAACGAAGAGAACCAUUAUUUUGGUAUCAUAUUUAUUGGCGGUAAGAGCGUUAUCAUAAGCCUUAACAGUGAUGAUAAUACAGAUUGUAUUCCUGAUCUUGUCCGUGGUUUUUCAUUUUUUCGUCUUUUGGAUAUUUAUUGGCAGUAAGAACAUUAUCAUAAGCCUUAACAGUGUGAUGAUGAUAAUACAAAUUGUAUUCCUGAUCUUGUCCGUGGCUUCUUUUUUUUUUUGUCUUUCUUUUGGCCCUGCAUAAGAACUCUCCUCAUUGAAAUGAAAGUGGAGACCCUUCGUGGUUAGACCUGUAAGGAUAAUUCAUCACUGUUCAGUCUCCUUAGCUUUUACCUUUCCGUUUGUCAAAAAGCCGAGAAUACAAACUAUACAGAUAUGAGCGGCAACACAUAACUUCAUGUGUUUGUGCAGAGGAUGAUAUAAGCAAGUACGUUUAAAUAUUACUUCAGUUUGUAUAAUUGUAUUUGAGCUUGACAGACCUGGUUCUUCCCUUAGGAUUAGUACACUCCUUGUUUUGCAUUGAAGAAAGUUCGUAGCAUAGGUUUGAAAGAUGUUUCCUGAGUCUUCUCACUCUAUCCGUCCUUGAUUCCCCUCUCUCUCUCUCUCUCUCUCUCUCUCUCUCUCUCCCUCCCUUUUAAACUGCUGUUUUUUUCCUCUCCUUAUUCUGCUUACAUACUCAUGGCUCUCACGGCUACUGCCUUGCUGGUUCUCUAUUUCUUGUUAUUCUGUCUUCUUCCAAUUCCCUUCUCAACUACUCUGCGUGGGUAGCUUCACAUACUCUACAUGUCGGCAUCACUCUUGGUUCUCUCUCUCUCCAUCCUGGUUCUUGUGGAAGCAACCAAAUACGAAUAGGGAACCUCAUCUGUAUGUUAUGUGUGUGUUUUACUAGUCGUAGUUCUUGUGGCUGCAACCAAAGUUCCUGUUUGGUUCUAAAACCAACUGAGAAUGGUCUCUCUCUCUCUCUCUCUCUCUAAGCUUGACUCUAUGUUCCUUUUCCGUUCAAGUCUUCAGGUACACCAAAGUUUAAGGUAACUUUAGGGUUCAAAGUAUCAAAAUUUCAAGCCAUGCAAAGCAACCCACAGGCAACAAAGCCCAAGAGGUGAGGUACCUAUUUACCUUAAAUGGAAGAAAAGAAUAAUUGCUGUGAAAAGAGCCAAGCUAAAAGUAAAAGAAGCUAGAAAGCGUCAUCUAACACCACACCACCAAGAAUCGCUAGAGAAAAACGACAAUGGAUAUGGAGCUGGGACUGAAAAUCAAGAAGACCAGAGAGGCCUCCAAAAGCGCCAAACUUACCAAAGACAGUAUCCCCAUCUUCACAUCCCAUGAAACGGAAACCCUAUACAUCCUUGUUGGCUAUCUGUCAGGUUAUCUGAAGGGCAACAUUGGAAUGAUGAUCGAUGGUGGAGGAUCGCUGUUAACCAUCAAUGGCGAGAAGUUAAUUGAGGAGAUGGUCAUAGUGAAAUGGGGAAUGUACAGGAAGAAAAUUGAACCCAGGAGGUUCCAGAAAGUUUUCCGCAUUCCUGAAAGUGUGGACGUUGACAGGAUAAAGGCCAGGUUUGAUGAAGAAGAAGGAAUCCUGAGAGUUUUCAUGCCCAAGAUCAACGUUGGUGAAUUUUCAGGAAUAUGGAUUCAAGAAGUUGAUGAUGAAGCCGCUGAUGCAGGGACACGUAAUGUUGCCAUUGAGAUGGAAAAAGCAGAAGAUCUACAGCAAAGUCCGGAAACAUUUCCUGCUGAAGAUGAUGAAGAUGAUUACCAUGUGGGGGGCAUGGAAGGUUUUCCUGUGGAGGAAGACGAUACAGAAUCUUGUAGUGGAGACAAAAUGCAACUGAUGGAAGAGGAGGAGCAGAUAGGUCCUGAAGAAAUGGUUCGUCCAGAAAUUGCCUUCCCAAACGAAGAAAAGGAGGUCACCAACUUAGAAGACAACAGUGAACGUGAACAGCCAAUAAAAAUACAAACAGUGCCCUCCAAGCCUAGGGAGGACCAAGGGGUUCCACAAGAAAUGCCACAAAACAAAGGCAGGGUAGAUGGAAAUAAGGGAGAAGUGUGUGAAACUGUGGGAAAAGAUACAUUAGGAAAGGAAAAUAAAGGAGUACAGGCACCAGAAUCACCUGUCCGUGAUACAAAAUUGUCAGGAGCACCAUGUGAAGAAAAGCUUCAUAAACCAGAUUUACCAAACCCACCCUCAACUCAAGCAAGUGAACAGGAGAACUCUGGAGCCGAAAUUUCAGAGAAGGACCAGGAAAAGCAGCAGUGUGAAGGAGAAAGGGAAAGAGAGAACAUAGAAGAGAUUCCAGGUGGAGAUAUGCCAAGCAAGGAAAUGUGUGAAAUUUCUACAGAUGAUAAAAAUGAAGAUUUGCCAGAAGCAGAACAAAGAACAACCAUGAAGGACCAGUCCACCCAGACGCCAGUAUGGCCAGAACAAAGAACAACUACAAACGAUCAGUCUACUCAGACGCCAGUAUGGCCACGCAAGAGAUGCAACCUGUAUUCCCCUUGGUUGUAUGUAAGUUCAACGAUUGCACUCCUGAUGGUGGUAGUUGUGCAACUGUCGAAGGACAAAAGGAAGAAAAGAAAUGUAUAAAGAAAGAAAUGUUAGAUCGUGUGUGUGUGUUAGCGUGAGGAUCUAGUACACAAAUCAUUAAAGUUUUAAGCACAAAAGAUACUGUAUGAAAGUCUGAGCACCGGACAUAAUGGACUCCACUUCACUUUGCAGUUUGCAC